AUGGGGAGCGAAGCAAUUCAGGCGUACAGAGCGGUGCUGAGAGCCACGCGAAGGACCUUCGCCGGCGACAACGUAAUGCUCCGAGAGUCCGCCGCGGAAGUCCGCAAGAAAUUCGAGGAGAACCGCCACGUCACCUCCCCCGCCGACCGCGGCCGCCUCCUCGAGGAGGCGCGUGAGGCUUCCCACUUUAUCUCGACCAUGAUUGUCCAAGCCAAGCUCAACGAACGCGGCGGCUACGGUAUGCCAUCUCUACCCCUUUUCUAG